GCCUCUUGGCGGGGCAUGGGGUGGUGGUGCCGCUGCCUGGCGCAGCCACGGAGGGCCCUUCGCCUGGCCUCGGCCUCCUUGCGGGCGCCAUUUUGCGCCGCCCCCGCCCCCCUCAGCCGCGCGCCGCCUCCCCUCCUCCCCCGGCCCCCCUCCUCCCUCUUGGGCUGCGGCGGGGCGGAGCUCCUUCCUUUCACGCCGGCCUCGGCCCCGAGCAGCCGCUUCUGCCAUCAGCUCCGCGGCGGAGAUUGCCAGGCCAUGCCCGCAGCCCCCCGCCCCGACGACAACGACAUCGAGAUGGAACCCGAGGCCGCCUUGGAGCCCGAGGACGCCCUGGAGAGCGGAGGAAAGAAGCGCAAGAAGGAUAAAAAAGAUAAAUCUAAAAAACCAAAAAAGCACAAGUCUCAGCUGGAGGAAAAUGAGCUGUCUGAUUCAGAACUGGAGCCUCCCAAACCGAAGAAAAUCAAGAAAAAGAAAGAAAUGGUUGAUGACAUUGAAACUGUAAUCGCGGAGUAUGAGACAACUUCCCCUGUAACAAAUGGGGUUGAUCACUUGAAAAAACAGAGUAACUUUACAGAAUCAAAUACAGAUUGUGAAAGUGACCAAGAUCCGGAAUUGACAGAAGAAAAGAAGGAAGGAGCCUUCUCCAAUUUUGAUCUCUCUAAAGCAACUGUUGAUCUCCUGAAAGCACGUGGAGUUACUUACCUAUUUCCCGUUCAAGUAAAAACUUUCAAGCAUAUAUCUGAAGGCAAAGAUGUGAUAGCUCAGGCUCGGACUGGAACUGGAAAAACAUUCUCUUUUGCCAUUCCAUUAAUUGAAAAACUUCAGAGAGAUUCCCAAGAAAGAAAAAGAGGCCGAACACCUAAGGUGCUAGUUCUUGCUCCAACCAGAGAGCUGGCAAUGCAAGUAGCCAGAGAUUUCAAAGAUGUCACAAGGAAACUGACUGUGGCUUGUUUCUAUGGAGGAACUGCUUAUAAUGGACAACUUGAUCUAAUUCGAAAUGGCAUUGACAUCCUGGUUGGAACUCCAGGCCGAAUCAAAGACCACCUUGAAAAUGGCAAGUUGGAAAUUUCCAGCCUGAAGCAUGUUGUCCUGGAUGAAGUUGACCAGAUGUUGGACAUGGGUUUUGCUGACCAAGUAGAGGACAUCUUGAAAUAUGCUUAUAAAAAAGAUUCUGAAGACAACCCCCAGACAUUACUAUUUUCUGCAACUUGCCCACAUUGGGUUUAUGAUGUAGCGAAGAAGUACAUGAAAUCCAAAUACGAGCAAAUUGAUCUUAUUGGAAAGAAGACUAAAAAAACUGCUAUGACUGUAGAGCAUUUGGCUAUUGAGUGUCAUUGGUCACAAAGAGCUGCAGUAAUUGGAGAUGUUCUUCAAGUCUACAGUGGUAGUCAUGGACGUACUAUCAUCUUUUGUGAGACAAAGAAAGAGGCAACUGAACUGGCCCUGAAUGCCUCAAUUAAACAGGAUGCACAGUCUUUACAUGGGGACAUUCCACAAAAGCAGAGAGAAGUCACAUUAAAAGGAUUUCGUAAUGGAGCCUUUGGAGUUCUGGUUGCAACUAAUGUAGCUGCCCGCGGUUUAGAUAUCCCAGAGGUUGAUCUGGUAAUACAGAGUUCACCACCAAAGGAUGUUGAGUCCUAUAUUCACCGUUCUGGACGCACAGGCCGCGCUGGACGAACUGGGAUGUGUAUCUGUUUCUAUCAGCGCAAAGAAGAUUAUCAGCUGAAACAAGUAGAACAAAAAGCGGGGAUUACAUUUAAACGUGUGGGUGUUCCAACAGCAACGGACAUAAUUAAAGCUUCCAGUAAAGAUGCGAUCAAAUCUUUGGAUUCUGUUCCUCCCUCUGCCAUUGACUACUUCCGACAAUCUGCUGAGCGGCUGAUAGAGGAAAAGGGAGCUGUAGAAGCUCUAGCUGCAGCCCUGGCUCACAUUUCAGGAGCCACAUCCAUUGAGCAACGCUCUUUACUCAACUCUGAUGCGGGUUACGUGACCAUGAUGCUUCAGUGCUCAGUAGAAAUGCAGUCAAUUGGCUAUGCUUGGCGAGGUCUAAAAGAACAGUUGGGCGAGGACAUUGACAGCAAAGUGUUCAGAAUGCGCUUUCUGAAGGGGAAAACGGGUGUGUGUUUUGAUAUUCCUGUAGCUGAACUACCUAAACUGCAGCAAACCUGGCAGGAUUCAAGGCGCUGGCAACUCUCCGUGGCAACAGAAUUACCUGAGCUUGAAGAAUCGCUCAAGGAGCCUGGCCGAGGCGGUGGCAAACCUGACUUCAGGAACAGAAGAGGCGGCGGAGGUGGCUCUCAUUUCAGAAAUGGAAGACGUGGUGGCGACUCCAACAGGCGAGACAGAUUUAGAAACAGGGGCCAAAAACGAAGCUUUUGAGCAGGCUUUUUGAUCAUUUGCAACUGUCAAAUAUAAAGGGGACUAGCUUCAUUAUUUUAUCAACAGUAAAAAUCGAUUUACACUUUC